AUGCUUUGCCUUGACCACCUAAGCAGUCCAAAUGAUAACAAUCUCGAGCCCAGGCAAUCCCAGCAGCCUAUUUACGAUGCCAAUUCCAAUUCCCGUUCCACAGAUGAACAUGGUGGUGGAUUCCAGCGCCGGAACCUCUUUUGCUCCCCAGGCCCAGACGACAAUAUGGGGUUAUCAAGUAAUGUCAAUCCGUGUCCCGGCCAUCUAGCAUUAUCUGGAGACCCGGCAACCUAUGAGCAGCACGAACAAAGAGAUAUUGGACCUUCGAUUCUUUAUGGCAAUGACAUUACUGAAACUACUCGAAACCGUAAACGCACUUUAGUAUCUCCGUUUAAGUUGGACGAGACAUGUACUGGAUCUAAUGCCUCUCAUGAACCGAUAACUAAGCUGUUUUCUCACCUGUGGCUUGGUGCAAACAACAGCAUUCAGCGCAGCAUUCAGCAUGCGCAAUCCAACGCGGAGAGGCCUGAAAUCCCAUCCUACUCAACCAAAAACUGGAAUCAAGCGUUAAAAGAUAUGGUGGCAAAUGCUCCAACCGAGACCCGGGAGGAGGCUCUAACAGAUAGACAAUUCUUUAAUCAGGCGUUGCUCGCAUUCACGGAAAAACCGAAACUAGAUGGACGUGGUGGUUGGUUACAUCCGAAUAUGGCCACCUCUCUCUUUCACUACCAGGUGAAAAUUCCCAUUUAUACCUCUGUUCUCCUCCAGCUAACCUUCUAG